CCACGUUACCUCCCUCCCCUGCCGCGCCCCCCUCGCCGUCGCCGAUCUCUCUUCGUCCUGCCGCGCGGCGAGCCAAACAGCCAUGGCGGCCGCGCUCCUCCGCCGCGCGCUCCUCCUCCGCCGCGUACUCCCCUCACCCUCUCCCUCGCCCACCCUCCCCGCGGCCUCCGCCCACCGCCUCCUCUCCGCGUUCACCACCUCCCAGCAGAACGCCGCCACCACCGUCGACCUCUCCUCCGACGAGAGCCGCCGCCGCCUCCUCAACAGGCUGGUGUACCGGAGCAAGCAGCGGGGGUUCCUGGAGCUGGACCUGGUGCUGGGGUCCUGGGUGGAACAGCACGUCCACUCCAUGGACGAGUCCAACAUCCGCGCCCUCCUGCAAGUGCUCGACCUCGAAAACCCAGAUUUGUGGAAAUGGUUUACUGGUCAGGAGCAGCCACCAGAGGAUUUGAAUUCUAAUCCGGUGUUCACUGCCAUCAAGUCUAAGGUCACAGAUAACCUGUCCAAGCAUGCCUCUCCUGAGACCCGAUCAACACCAGGUCAGCCAUGGGUGCGAGGAUGGGAUGACAUAAAGAAAGGCAAAGAUGGACCAAAGUACGGAAAUCAGUGAAGAGGCGCUUGAAACAGGGGUGGCAGUUUUAUGUCCUUAAUAAGGCCCUGUCUCUUUUCUCUUGCAUAUUGUUCUGGUGUAGAAUAAAUUAAACUGUGGCUGGCAUGUGUGACGUGUGUGACCAUUUGUUGAAGUGAUCUGGAGAAUCAGUUUAUAGCUGUGGAUUGGUGCUAAUAUGCUCUGUAUAUUUCCAUA